ACACAUAAUUCAGAUUUAGAAUGAAUAAGAAUACAGUUCAUCAUAGUUUGGAAUAGUACAAAUAUCCUACCACCAUUUUUCGAUCUACACUAAAUAUUCUAUCCUUUCGAUUCUUCACACUUUUAAUCAUGGAGAUGGUGGAAGCCUACUCAUUAGGAUUCCUCUACUCCAGAGGCUGUGAAGGUACUGCCUCCACUGUCUUCAACGUAAUCAACACUCUAUCAGGAGGUGCAUUAGUGUCAAUCCCAUAUGCACUAUCAUCCGGAGGCUGGGUGAGCUUGACAUUUCUUUUUGUCAUUGCCAUUGCAAACUUCUAUACAGGUUUGUUAAUUAAAAGAUGUAUGGAUGUGGAUCCUAACCUAAAAACAUAUCCGGACAUUGGCGAGUGUGCAUUUGGAAAGAAAUGUAGAUGGCUUAUAUUAUUUCUGAUGAACAUAGAGCUCUACUUAUUUGCAACGGGAUUUCUGAUUCUUGAAGGUGAUAAUUUACAAAAAUUAUUUCCUAAUAUUGGAGGAACGCCAACAUUUGUAAUGAUAGUUGGUCUCACUAUAAUGCCCACUGUUUAGUUCAACAACCUGAGCGUUCUUUCUUAUAUCGCUGCCACCGGAGUUCUCACAUCUGUUAUAAUCAAUGGCUCAACUUUGUGGGCUUGUGCAUUUAGUUGCAUUGGGUUUAACGAGAAAGGGACAACUCUACAUUGGAAGGGGAUUCCUACUGCUAUCAGUUUAUAUGCUUUCUCUUACUAUGCACAUACUGUUUUUCCAACCCUUUACGCUUCUAUGAAAAACAAGUCUCAGUUUUCGAAGGUUUUGGUGUUGUGCUUUACUUUAUGUACCACAGCUAAUGUGUUGAUGGCGGUUAUUGGGUAUCUAAUGUUUGGUUCAAAGGUGGAGUCACAGAUAACCUUAAGUCUUCCUACCGAAAAACUUAGCUCAAAAGUGGCCAUAUACGCUACAUUGCUCAAUCCGGUCUCAAAGUAUGCAUUGACAGUAACACCAAUUGUGCACACUAUUGAAAGCCGAUUCUACCAUUCUUGCAAUCAGAGAGUACUCUUUAGCCUAUUGUUCAAGACCUGCUUAGUGAUAAGCACCGUUGUUGCAGCUGUGACUGUCCCCCUUUUUGAGCACCUCAUGUCACUUGUGGGAGCUUUUCUAGGUUUUCUAACAUCUAUUUUACUGCCAUGCUUGUACUACUUGAAGAUUACAAGCAAUAAUAGAUUAAUUGAAUUGGGGAUUAUAGGUGCUAUCAUGUUAAUGGGUAUCUUCACAGCAAUUGUUGGUACUUAUACGUCUUUGAAAAAAAUAAUGAGACACUUUGUUACUAUUUGUGAGGAGGGUCAGAUAUCUCUUAGUGGAAUUAAUGGGAGUUUUAGUUAUUGA